UUAACAAUAACAAAAGAAGAAUUAGAAGAAGAAGAACAAGAAGAAUAAAAAGUAAAAUAAUAUGUUUAUAAAGAGACUUAGCGAAAAGAUUGAUUUAAUGGGAUAAGCACAAGUUGCUUGGUGGCCAACAAUGAGUGAGCAUAACUUCAAAGUUGGCCAAAAAGUGCAAAUCGCUGGCAGGCAACUUGAGGGACGCAUCGCAUAUAUAGGUUUAACAAAUUUUGCCCCUGGCAAAUGGAUUGGUGUCGUAUUGAAUGUUGAACGUGGCAAAAACAAUGGUACCAUACGUGGUAUAACGUAUUUUAAAUGUGCCCCCAAUUAUGGAAUAUUCGUGCGGCCAACACAACUCUUAGUGAAACGAACCAAUGUAAUAGAAGCCGAUAGAAUGGAGGAGCAAACCGAUGACGUAGAUAGAGUAAAGGAGCAGCCAAAAGUAGAGGUUGCUUCGCAAGAAAAAGUAAAACCAAAGCCAAUUGUAGACUCAACACCAAAAAUGGUACCUAAACUGGGCAGCUGCACAAAUCUCUUAAAAACUACCAAAAUCAAUCAACCGAAAGAAGUGAAAUCAUUGCUACCGUCAACAAGUCAGCUAUCAUUAUUAAAUACUGUUGGUCCAUGCGGUGCGUUAAGACCACCGCCACCAUUAGCUCCAAAACGCAGUAAGACCUCAAUGAGUCCUUCAGAGAGUUUCUGCUGCGCUAAAAGGUCCGCCUUUGUGGAAACUGGUUUCUUAGAGAUUUUACGACCACAAUUUAUUCCCGGUCAGCCGUUACGUUCUCCCACAUUCAAUAGCAUGGUGUUGAGUACUAGUUCUCAAAGUCUUCAAGAGCUGCAACAGCAUAACAAAAAUUUGGAAGCGAGAAUCAAUGAACUGAAUAAUGAAAUUGAUUUAUUGAAGCAGCAAAAAUCGGAAGAUAAACGCAAAUUAAUGGAAAUGGAACGUUUGCGUUUGCAAAAUAAACAGCUGCUCGAAUUUAAGGUUAGAAUUAUAGAUCAGCAGACCUCCUUGCAAAGAGAAUUGCAGAGAUUGAGGCAAGAUUUGCGCGAGUGUAACGAAUUAAAAAUUAAAUGUCAAAAGGAAUUAGAUGAAGCGGCUGAAAAUAUUGAGCUAUUGACCUUGGAUAAGGAAAUGGCUGAGGAGCGUGCUGAGACCUUGCAAAUUGAAUUGGAAAUAGCGCAAGAGCAGAACGAAGAGCUAGCUUUAGAUAUUGAAAUUCUUAAGGCGGAAAACGAACGCUUCCUUAUCGGCGUCGAUAAUCAAAUAAAUAUAAAAGAGGAGCCCUCGCAGCCCACGCUGGGUGAGGUGAGAAAAAUGGAGCAAUAUAAUCAGCGUUUACGAGAAACUGUUAUCAAAUUAAGGGAUGUUUUGACUGAAGAGAAACAACACGCUUUAAAAGCCGUUAAAGAGUUGGACACGCGUAAUUCGGAAAUUGCUGAACUGAAAAAAACGAAAGAAAUGCUGACGAAACGUUGCGAUGUCAUGGAAUCGCAUAUUAUCGAUCUGCGGGAACAAGUUGAUGCCGCAUUAGGAGCUGAAACGAUGGUUUCCACAUUGGCCAACGCUAAACUGGAACUCGAAGAAAAGGUACGCUUAUUGGAAGAAGAAGUGGUCGAAUUAGAGGCUUUAGAAGAAAUUCAUGAACAAUUAAUCGAAAGCAAUCAAGAUCUGGAGAGGGAUUUGAGGGAAGAAGUUGAUUUAUUGAAUGCCCAAAUACGUACAUUGCAGCAAGAGAAAGAUGUAGCUUUGGAAACAGUUUACGAGCGAGACUGUACAAUAAUGAAAUUUCGAGCAUUGGUCAAAUCACUUAACGAACGCGAUCAACUAAAGGAUCAAGUAACUCUGACACCAGCCGCUAUCACGACAGCCACCGUUUCCACUUCGGAAGAUAUGAGCAGUAUCUCAUCAAAUCCUGAAUUCAUACCGGGUAUAGAUUUCCAGCAAGUAUUUGCUUCCACUAAAGCUUACGGCCGAGCUUUAGAUUUUCAAUUGUCCAGCGUAGAGCUUAAGAUGUCUCAACUGCAUGUAGAAUAUUUGAAGGCUUUUCUACCCGAAGAGCUAUUACUAAGAGGCGGGGCAUACGAUGUAAUUUUAGUUUUAUUGCUAAUGCAGCGUUGCAUAGAAAAGCUGGAUAUCGUUUGUACCGGUAUACAUGAAAAGUUUCCAGCAUCUUGCGAAUUUGGCAGAGAUGCCAUCUUUGAAGGUUUCUCUGUACAUCGUUUCGCUUUUCGCACUAAAUGUUUAUAUCUGUUACGCAGUCUGCGUAUGGUGCUUCAGCAAUUGGAAUUCGCUUUAAAUCACUGCGACUACGAGAUCUGCACUCACGCCGCAAUAUACCGUUGCGAAAUGGAAACUCAAGAGAAACAACUGGAUGAACUGUUGCGUUUAUUAAAGAAAGGCUUAUUGGACGAGAACACCCAAGUUGAGGGCUUGGAGAGAGCAGUCGGUUUCUUCAAUUCUCUGCUUACCAAUUUGUUUGCGACCCAAAAUCUAGCUGAACUAUUGGACGAACAACGCUUGUAUAUUGCCCUCAUUGAGGUAUACGAUGUGGCUUUAGACUGCGUUAACACGCAUGCGGGCCUCUUGUAUACGAUCAUCAAGUUAGGCGAUGAGCAUACCGACAGCUUUUGCAGUAUGCAAUUUCUUAUGGAACAUGCACGCACCUUCAAACAGCAAUUAAAACAAAUGCAAAGGAAGCUACCGACAAACUCGCUUGACUUUCAUAAAUUGCAAUGGACGCAGAUGCAACGUUUAAAUGAGCGCAACGACCACUUGAGCAAAUUAAUUAAUUUUCUGAGUUCGACCGCCCGUGAAGCGACAAAAGACAUAGCCACCGCUUCCAAAAAUCAAACAACUAACGAAAUUGCCAUCGAUCACGAAAGGCUAUGGCGCAUAAUUUUAUUAAACUGCAGUAGAAUGGCAACCGAAGAUUUUGAACAUAAUCCGGUCAUGUUCUUCCAAAAUUGUGUCCAACUUAUGCAAGAGCAAUUAAAUGAUUUCCAACGAUUUAUUGCGGAAGGCGAGAAAGCUCGUAACUCAAAUUUGAAUACGGUUUAUGUCCGCUCCAACGACAUUACCAUACUGCAGCAAGCGAACGAGAUUAAAAAACACUAUGACGAGAUCAAAUUUCUUCAUCAUCAGCUAAGUGAGAAAGAUAAAGAGAUGCGAUCGCUUAAGCAAGUGAUGAAGACGAAACAAAACGAUUACUCAGAAUUGCAAAUACGCAAAGAAAUGGCUGAGAAGCAAUUGCAAAAAAUUAGCAACGAACAAGAACAGUUGCUGCAAUGUUUAGGGACACAAAUGGAAGAGUUGUUAGAGGAAAUGCAAAAUCGUCAUCUCGAGACUUUGCAAACUUUGCAAAACCAUGAGGCGAGACUGCGUAAAUUGGAAGAGACACAGAAAAGUUUUCAUCAAAGUUUAGAUACGAAUACGCGCUCGUUUAAUACGACAUCUCAUGAAGCGUUCCUGGAAAUUGAACGUUUAUAUCAAUGCCUGAAACAGCAACGAGAAUUUCGAGUGGCACAGCAAAGCUGUACAUUAAAAAAUACGCUUCGUCAGUUGCAGCCUUUGCAUUUGCCUCAGUUGCAUUCUUCACCGGUAACGAAACAACGCCUCGCAAAACUUUCUGCCGAUGUCCAUCGUUUGAAAAAUUCUUGGAUCUUAGCCUAUAUCUCGCUUAACAGCAAAACGUCAAAAGAUCUCGUGCUUAAGGAGAGUUCGAAACUCUCUCAACAUAUCUGGGACGUUUAUGCUUAUAAUCAUGGUCAUCGUUUCUUGCCAACCGACUUUGCUAAAUUCCCUUCAAAGGACAUCAAGCAGAUAUUAUUACCGCAGUAAAAAAUCAUAAAAUCUAAAAGUUUUUCAUAGAAUCAUUGUAAUAGUCUUCGGAUUAAUUUCUUUAAUCGAAUAUAUAUAUAUAUAUAUAUACAUGACUUUAUUUUCAAAA